AUGGCCAUGGCCGCCAUGCUUGACCUCUGCCAUCUUCCUCACAUGCACGCGCGCAGCCUCUGUGUGUGUGUGUCUCUGUGUCUCUGUCUCUCUCUGUUUGUGUUUGUGUCUGUGGCUGUGUCUCUCUCUUUUUGUCUGUCUCUGCCUCUGUCUCUGUCACUGUCUCUGUCUCUGUCUCUGUCUCUGUCUCUCUGUCUCUGUCUCUCUCUCUUCCAGACCGAUCUUGAGGCUGACACUGACAAGAGGCACUGGCAGCGAUGCGGCGGCAUGUUGAUGCCGGAAGCGAUCCCGCAGCUGACAGCCGACGAGCUCCGCCACUGGAGCACGCUGGGGUAUGGGGAACUCUGCUUUGCAUUUCUUCGCAAGAUGAUUGAUCCGGCAGAGCUGGAGGAUGACGAGCUCAGAGGAAUUAUUGCGCAAAGCACGGCCGUGUUUGCACAUCCCGACGUGACGCCCGUUCAUACCCUCAACACUGAUCGGGUGGCUGGAGCUUCGUGCUCGCAAUUGCACGUGUGUGAGCUUUGGCAUGGGCCGACACUCGCCUUUAAAGAUCUAGGCCUUCAGAUUCUGGGCAACCUGCUCGAGCAUUUCUUGGCACGACGCAAGGAUCGCUUAAACGUGGUUGUGGGCACGUCAGGUGAUACCGGUUCGGCCGCCAUUGAGGCUGUGCGGGGUCGCGAUCAUCUGCAGCUCUUUGUCCUCUUUCCACAUGGCCGCAUCUCGCAUAUUCAGGAGCUUCAGAUGACAGCCGGCGCAGAAUCGGCAUCCAACGUGCAUGUGUGGGGCAUGGAUGGCACCUCCGAUGACUUGGACCAGCCCAUUACAGCUGUAUUUCAAGACACCGCAUUCAAGGCCCGGCACCACCUUGGCAGCCUGAACAGCGUCAACAUUGUGCGUGUCCUCGUACAGGCCGUCCAUUAUUUUUACCUUUAUUUUCGCGUCACGCAAGACUCGACGGCACAAACGCGCGUCGACUCACCAGAGUUUGGGUCGGUUUGGUGUCAGGCACCGCUUCGCGUGUUCGUGCCCACGGGGGCUGGCGGGCAUGUCACGGGCGGGCUUUUGGCACGGCUAAUGGGCUUGCCGGUUCGCCUCGGUGUGGCCACCAAUGCGAACGAUCUGCUAGUGCGUUUGCUUACCAAGAGUACAUUGGCAUUGGCACCCGAGGUCCAAGUCACGACUUCACCGAGCAUGGACAUUCAAGUGCCCUACAACAUUGAGCGCAUCUUUCACCUUGUUUAUGGCGACGCUUCAUUGGUGCAGCGUUUGAUGCAAGGAUUUUACGCUGACGGGCAUGCUGAUGUGCCAGCCGACUUUCUUACUCGACUGGGACAGAUGGUGGACUUGACGGCUGUUAGUGUUCCCGAUGACCAGGUCUUGGCGACGAUCAAGGCCGUGUGGUCGACCGAGGGCUAUCCGUUGGAUCCACAUACGGCGGUGGGUGUAGCUGCGGCGCUGGCCUUUGAGCGUGAGGAGACGGUGCCGCGGGGCGCCAUGGCUUGUGCCCACCCAGCCAAGUUUGUGGAGACAUUUGCUCAGGUUGAGUACUCGGUCAUCUCACGGGACCAGGACUGGAGUGUGGCCCUCCGGACCUGGAUCCAGCGCCAUGACGAGGCAUCCCUUACGCCCUAA